AUCGCCUGUCGUCAUCAUAAACAAUUCAAUCUGUCAAAAAGUCGCGAUGUUAUUUUUAUUUAACUUACACAUAUUCUAGCUAAUUAUCGUAGGAAAUUUGCAUCACAUCGUCAUUGUUAUCUGUUGCGCGAAGUUAAAUCGUCAGAUUUCAGGUAGAUUUCGUGAAAAUGUCGGUAAUCGGUCAGUAAUCGUCCCAUGUGCAAGCGGUGAAUUAGCAUAGUGAAAUUCCGGAAAAGCCGACACAAAAUGGGGAAAUCGACAUCGGAUAAAUCAUUAAAACUGGAAUCUUACAUAACGCGGCGCAAGCUAAACCCGAAUAAAGAGGAUAACGAGAAAAAGAAGCGAAAAGAUUCGAUUCGAAAGAUAUCUCUGAUCCUGCAAAAAGGCGAAACAUCUCGAACACCAGAAGAACUUCGACUUCUUGAAUCUUUUUCGGAUAUAGUUCGUGCUAUCUCAAAACGAAAAGCUCGCAACCAACUGUACAAAGAUCGUGUCAUUGAAAAGGAGGAUCCCAUUGAAGUUAUUGAAAGAAAGUCUGAACGUUUAGCUCAAAUAAUUUCGCGAGCUAAACAUCUGGUUUGCUACACGGGCGCUGGCAUUAGUACUUCUGCUAAGAUACCAGAUUAUCGUGGCAGUCAAGGUAUUUGGACACUUCUACAACAAGGAAAAGAGAUUGGGAAACAUGACCUGUCGCUUGCCGACCCAACCUAUACACAUAUGGCACUGUACGAAUUACACCGAAGAAAGAUGCUGCGAUUUGUAGUCUCUCAAAAUUGCGAUGGGUUACACUUGAGGGCGGGACUCCCGAAAGCUUCCCUGUCAGAAGUGCACGGGAACAUGUAUGUGGAGGUUUGCAAAAAUUGUAAGCCAAAUGUGGAAUACUGGAGGCUGUUCGACACGACCGAGCUAACAGCGAGAUUCUACCACAACACGAACCGUCGAUGUCACAUUUGUAGUAAACCUUUGAGCGAUACUAUAGUUCAUUUUGGUGAAAGGGGCAACUUAAAAUGGCCUCUCAAUUGGGCCGGGGCUUGUGCUCACUCUGAGAAGGCUGAUGUCAUCUUAUGUAUAGGAUCGAGUUUAAAGGUCCUCAAAAAAUACUCGUGGCUCUGGCAAAUGGAUAGGCCACUGAAGAAGCGCGCGAAACUUUGUGUAGUUAAUUUACAGUGGACACCGAAAGACAAACUCGCUACUCUUAAAAUCAACGGAAAAUGCGACGAUGUGAUGAAACUAGUUAUGAAGUACUUGAACAUUAAAGUCCCCGAUUAUAACCGCGGCAAAGAUCCAAUUUUUUCCCAUGCGAGUCUCCUUUGCCCCGAGGAACUGCAUACAGUUUCGCAGCCAAUGCUCAAGAAGAUAAAAAAAGAGGAAGAGGAAGAAGAGGAGCCAUCGUGUGAGGAAAACGACAAUGUUUUACCGGCAUUUAGUAGUAGUGACACUGAGUCGAGGAGCGCUGGGGACUCUGAAAAUAGUAGUACUCCUAAAAAAUGUUUUAUAACUGAUCAGAAAGAAAAUACUGAAGACUUGAGGAAGAAAUCGUUAACACCGAUCAAAAAACCGGUCCCAAGCCCGUUGAAGAACUUACCAAUUAAAACCGUUCCUUAUGUUAAGACUAGUUUAAAUUCAAAGCAUUUAAUUUUGGCGGAAGCUGAAAAGUCCUCGUCGAGUGAGGAAGAUGAAUCAGACUGUGAAGGUGUUCGUGAAAAAGAUGAUCUCAAGAGUGAUUCAGACGUGCCAACGGAUAAACGGGUAGCAAGCCGUACUACAUUGAACGAAAGCCAAGUUGAAGAAGGAAAGAAUAAGUGCACGGAUCAGAAUAAAUCAACCAAGCUACAAUCGGGCGAGCGAACCCAGGAAGAAUUUAAAGCCUCUCUUCAUACCACUGAAGCAGAUUCUGCGCAGAAAUUUCAAUUUCAGGGAAAUGGUAUUGAAAAAAAUAGUUUGGCGAGACAUUCCGCGCCAGUCCCUACAAUAAGCUUGCAAGAUCCAGUUCAAAAUGGUUGUGAUAUUGAAUCUUACCCAGUUUCAAAUAGCCCCCGAGAGAAAUGUUACAAACUCGAAAAUACUCAGGUGGACAUUACGAAAGCUAAUAUUAACGAUUCCGCCCCCAAUUGUCCCCCAUCGGAAACAGAGACCAACGAAUCGAAACCGAAAACAACUGAUACACAAGCGCAGCCUUUAGAUAGUGAAAUAAUUCGAAAAACAGAUUUGACGAACAGUAUUAGUCCUAAGGUAGUAGAAGAUAGAAAUCGUGCAAACUGUGAUACCUUCAACGGAACACCAAGCAUGGAUAAAAAGCAUUUUAAUUCGAAUGAUCAAUUGACAAACGAGGUAACAGCGAUAAAAACAGAAGUAACUGAUGCGUUAACAAGUGCUUUCUCCAUGCUUCAAAAACAAAGUGAUCCACUUAAGAGUGGCAUUAGCAGCAUGACCAGAUUGAAUCAGAGACAGUUAUAUGGAAUCAAUACCUUGGAUUUAGCCCAAUUGGCGAGUUCUGAAGAUUAUUAUCGUAAUUUUUUAGAAUACUGCCGAGCGGUAGAGCAGAGGUUGCCCUAUUGGUACGACGUAGGCUAUGCCUAUUCUGGACUACAUAGCAUUAUUCAGCCUCCACCUCCCGAAAUCGAUCUGUGGAGUUCGAGAAUAGUGCCAAUUUUCAAUAUGAAUAAAAGCGAGGCCGAAUGCGAGUUCUGUUUCGAAAACUACGCAGAGUUCAAAUGCCAAUUCUAUCCUAAAUUUAAUCCAGAAUUUGCCAUUAAAAACUAUCGUAACAAUAAACUGGUCGUAUGUGAGUGUUGCGAUUACACUGAUGAUGAAGAGGAUGAGAAUGCAGAAAAUUUGGAUGAUACUAAGCCUGAUUUAAACGUCGGGAAUGCGAAGAAGUGCGAAAAACGUGCCAAACUCGAUAUGCAAAUACUUAAAGAACCAGCGAAAAUCCAAGCGGGAUGGUACGGGAAAGGUUAUAGGAAGAACUUCCGCAAGCGAAAGCGGUAAUUGGUCUAUUGCCUUUUUAGUAUUGUGUAAUUUCAAUUUCUAGAUUAUAUACGUAAAUUGUAAUUAUUGAUAAGUUAAUUUAACAUUUUUUGUAUUUGAUUUCGAUGCGAGAUUUUAUCGAUAUUUAGUAGUUAUUAAGUAUAAAAUUCAAUAAAUAGAAUGAUUUUUGUGUA